AUUUGUUGCACACGGCACUAUGACGUUCUAAGCGUAUAUAUAUGUGACACGCCUUCUGCGAUGCAAACCGACGUUCUUGUCAAUACCACAGCUUUGACGUGCCUGUGUUCCUGCUCGACAUAAAGAGACAACAUGCCUGACCCAUGUAACUGCGCUCAGACUGGAACUUGUUGCUGUUCCGACACCUGCACAGGUGACGCCUGCAACUGUGGAGACAGAUGCAAAUGUGGGACCGGCUGUGCAUGCCCAGGAUGCAAGAAAACAUGCAAAUGCUCAGGUGGCUGUGCAUGUGGCGUCGGCUGCACUGGACCAGAUUUUUGUAGCUGCAAGAACAGCUGCAGCUGCAAGUAAAGCGGCGAAAUCUGUAGCUGCCAACGUGCAUGCGGAGGGAUGAGAGGGUGAGGAAGUAAAGCGUUGCCAUGGACCGAAUUUGAGACAAAUUGUGUUGAAAAUGAUUGCCUCCAAUAAUGACAAUCCCGACAGUGGAAACAGUGGCAAUACCAUCAGCCCUGGGAACAGUGGCAAAACCAUCAGCCCUAGGAGCAGUGGCAAUACCAUCAGCCCUGGAAGCAGUGACAAUACUUGGAAAAUGGCAACGUUGGCAGCAGUCGAUCAACAUGCACGAUCAACUUCAUCUUGUUUUACCAUGUGAUUUAGUUUAAAGUCAUUAAAAAUGUACUAUUCUUUAUUCGUGUAAUACCUUCA